AUGGAAGAAACCUACCUCCUUAAUGUGGAAGGCGUCAAGAAAAAGAUUUUGCAUGGAGGUUACGGGAAACUGCCUCAUUUUCAGGAUGGGAGCAAGAUCACCUUCCACUUCCAGACCCUGAAAGAUGAUUUUGAGCGGACAGUGAUUGAUGACAGCCGGAGAAGUGGGGUUCCCAUGGAGAUCGUUGUGGGGAAAAUGUUCAAAAUCGAAGUGUGGGAGAUGUUACUGACCUCCAUGCGGAUCAACGAGGUGGCAGAGUUCUGGUGUGAUGCUGUACAUACAGGAAUGUAUGCCUUGGUCUCCAAAGGCUUGAGGCAAAUUGCUGCGGGCAAAGAUCCCCUUCACGGACAGAAUCACCAAUGUGGAAUGGGCAACAUGUUUGACUAUCACAGCACAGGCUAUGAAGACCUGGAUGAACUACAGAAGACACCUCAGCCCCUCAUCUUCAUCAUGGAGCUAUUCAAAGUGGAGGACCCUUCUUCCUAUAGAAGAGACACAUGGGCUAUGAACAACGAUGAGAAGCUAGCUGCUGUGCCAAAAUUACACACUGAGGGCAACCGGCUGGUCUUGUCCAGGAAAUUCAAGGAAGCAGCAGAGAAAUAUCAGGAAGCUGUCAUCUGUUUGCGCAAUCUUCAGGUUAAGGAGAAGCCGUGGGAGGAGGAAUGGCUGAAGCUAGAGAACCUCGUCACACCUCUUGUGUUGAAUUAUUGCCAGUGCCUGCUAGAGUUGGGGGAAUACUACGAAGUGUUGGAACACACCACAGAAAUCCUCCAGAAACAAUGUCAAGGCAUACUUCAAGCGGGCAAAAGCUCACGCUGCUGUUUGGAACGAGAAGGAAGCCCGAGCAGAUUUCUUGAAAGCGGCCCAGCUGGAUCCCUCGCUGGCAGCUGCAGUGAGAAAAGAGAUAAGGAUCCUGGGAGAGAGGAUGAGAUCGAAACAUGUGGAGGACCGCAAGAGAUACCGAGAUCUGUUCCAGCAGCCUGUCUCAAAAGGGGCAAGUGAGGGAUCUGAAGAAACUUCUGUGGAGCAAGAAGAACAGGCUGGCUAUGGCCUCGCAGCAGAAAAGAAGCAAAACAACCCAGAAGCUACGAAGCAGGAGAGAGA